AUGCAAAAGUUGCAUAAUGGAAACCACAGCAUUGUCUCCUCGUUUAUCAUCGUUGGCUUUGAGACCUUACGAGAGAUGGAGCUGCUCCUCUUCUCUCUUUUCUCUGGCAUGUACGUACUCACCAUAGGGGCUCACUUAACAGUAAUCAUGCUGGUGGCCGUGGAUCACCGCCUUCACAAGCCAAUGUACUUCCUUCUGGCCAGCUUCUCCCUGCUGGAAGUCCUGUACACUACGGUCACUGUCCCCAAAAUGUUGGAUGCUCUUCUCACCAGGCACAAGGAGAUUUCAUAUCCCUCAUGCCUUACGCAGUUUUACCUCCUCUUUGGCUUUGGGGCUUCGGAAAAUUGCCUGUUAGCCGUCAUGGCUUAUGAUCGCUACGUAGCCAUUUGCCGCCCUCUGCAUUACGCCACUUUGAUGCCCAGCAAAACUAGCAUCCAUCUUGCUGUAGGUGCCUUGGUGGGUGGACUGUUGGCCGCUUUUCCUCCCGCUGUCUGGAUCUCCACCUUAAAUUUCUGCUUCCCUAACCUAAUAGACCACUUCUUCUGUGAUUAUGCCCCUCUACUAAAGCUCUGCUGUGACGAUACGUCCGCUGGGGAGUUUGCUUUCAUCGUCAUGUCCUGGAGUGUUAUUUUAGGCUGUUUCGUGCUUAUCAUGGUGUCGUACAGUCUUAUUAUUCUUGCGGUCCUUAGGAUACCCUCUAGUGAUGGACAGAAGAGGGCAUUUAGCACGUGUGGCUCUCACCUGGCCGUGGUGUCCAUCUUUUACGGCACUGUCAUCUUCAUGUACAUACGUCCAACCUCCCACAUUAGGUUUCCAAUGGACAAAGUGAUCUCUAUCUUCUACUGUGUGGUGACCCCACUUAUGAACCCAAUUAUAUACUGUCUAAGGAACCAGGAGGUUAAGGGGGCUGUGAACAAAGCAUGGCAUCUGAUCAUGCACAACAAACAUGACAUCAUGGAAGGUAAGAGGAAGAUGCCCGAGAGAAGAAAGAAAUGAACACACGCGACGCAG